CAAAGAACCACCAAGACGCCCAGCGUCGACCAUGUCGGCGACUACAACAACGACGGAAAUUCUCUUCAAUUCACCUGCACUGCACUCUCUCAAACGCGACCAACUAGUCAAGCUAUGCAAGAUCCAUUCCAUCAAAGCGUCAGGGAAAAAUGUUGAAUUGAUAGCGAGGUUGAAGGCGGUUGCAGAAACCUUGCCAAAAGAUUCUGCACUGAGUAUUGCUGCUAGGAGUGAGGAAAAGUUCGAUGAUGUUGAUGAGGAAGGGGAUCAGAAGAUGGAGGUCGCAGAACUCGGAGGGUCUUCCUCACAAGGAACACUAGCUUCCCAUCGUUCCGGCGAAUUCGGAACAACCAGUUCCAAGGCAUCCAUGUCAACAUCGACUUCCGUCAGUUCGUCUAUCAAAGCUUUGGCCUCUUCACUAGGCCUCAAACGUAACUUUACAACGAAGUCGACGGCCUCCACUGUCUCGUCCACUUCCUCCCUUCCUCCAUUACCUGUUUUCCCAAAACCUUACAAUUAUCCAGCCAACGAUGAUCUGUCCAAGUACGCCAAACCAUAUUCCGCCAUUCCAGAAUCAUCGCCUUCCUCGUUGCCCAAACAGGACAAUUUUCCACCCGAUAAUGUCCCCACCGCCGCGUCUCUUGUAAAGUUCGACUUCGCGAAUAGGGCGGAACCAGAACCUCUUCCUGGACAUACGCUAAGGCCAGGUGCCCCCGCUCCAUCGGACGCAAGGCUCAGUCUUGGUCAGACGCCUGCUACCCCAGGUGGCAAACGGAAAUCGGGUGCUACGACUACGAUAAGGCUCAUUUCGAACUCGACGGCUGGAGAAGAUGGUUUCCCGUCCUCUUUUAAAUCCAUAGCAGGACCAGCUACACCCCAACUCAAACCUUUCAAGCCUAGUUUUGAUUUGGUCCUGGGCAGUCCUAGCGUGCCGGGCCAGACCGAAAGGAUCUAUCCUGCACUACCUAUGGGCGAUAUCCUCUAUAAUCGUCCUACUACGCCUACGCAAGAAGCAGAAGCGAAAGAUGACCCAUCACGAUCGGUUCCAGGUGGUUUACCCGCCCUGUCUCCCUCUGCAAAUGGGAAUUCUAACGACCCCAGGUUCAUUUUCGGCUCUCCAGACCCACGUAAACGCCCAAGUGUGACGAAUGAUGAAUUUCGAACUACUGCUUCUAGUGUGCUCUACGAGGUCAACAAGAGGCUUCAGCGUGAGGGGAUAGAUACGAUUGAUGGCAAUAUCAUGAACGCGUUUGAGCCCGGUGGCAAGUUGAAUGAGGACGGCAGUCCGAGGGUGGUGAAACCUCUACCGAGACCGCGGGGUGCGGUAAAGGACAAGUUUGAUAGGAUGCAUGAAAAGGAGUUCAAGAAGAUGGAGGGUAUUGGAGGGUUUAUGAAACGCAAAGCUGCCGCUCCUACAAUAUCGACUGAGGUGGCGGUGGCGGGGAGGAAGCGCAAGUCGAGUGUUCUUGGGCCCGAUCGUGGAGAAAUACAGAAUGCGGCAAAUAAGAAAUCUAAGGCUAGGGCGACAGUUCCGGGAGGAUUCGGUGAUGAGGAGGAAGAUGAGGAUGAGGAUGAACGGGCUGGUGGGAAGAAACCUCGGGUGGAGUUUGCUGAGGAAGACGAUGGCGUGAAAGCAAAAGCUCGAGAGGAAGAGCAAGAGAGAUUAAGACGUGAACGAGAGGUGAUAAGGAGAAAGUUGGCGAUGAACAGAGAAAAGAGGAGGAGUAGUGGGAGGCCCAGUUUCAGGGCCUCCACCGGACCAAGGAGGAGCACGUUGCGGUUGCAGAAAGUCCCACCUAAACCGGCACCUGCUAGUAAAUCAAGAUUCGGGUUUGGAUUCGUUUCAAGGGCUGCGACGACGUUAGUCAGGGGGGUUUGGGGCGGAGGCUCCUCAAAGAACCACAAAGAAAAGGAAAAAGAGAAAGAGAAACCAAAUUCACCUACGGAGGUAGCGGUAUCCACCUCUACAACCUCUACGUCGACUCCUAACGGGAUCACACCUAAACCCCAUGCGAAACCUUCUGUUUCCGGUGCCAGCGGCUCUAUGGGGCCACCACUGGUGCCCAAUAAGACCGGUAAUGGUCACCAACGGAAGCCUUCCUCUUCCUCUGCGUUGAAUGCUCCAGGAACGGGGCCUGGAAGUACCACAGCCAUGUCGCGAUCUCCGAUCCCAGCCAACUUGCGGAAUGGCAAUGGAAGCGGCAGCAAUAGCGACAGUGGAAGUAGUAGGAAUAGCGUCGCUGAUGCCAGCCUCCGGUCAGUGAGAGGGAGUAUCAGUACCGUUCAAGCUGGAAGCUCCGCCUCCGCUUCUACACGGUCACGAACGUCUGCGAGCACGACGAAUUUCUUGCCCACCACUUUUGGUUCGAGAUUGCUGGCACCCACUGCUAGUUCCUUAGCUAAAGCUCAGGGAUCCGUGAAUAGGCUGAGGCAGGUGGGACCGGUUCCUCAGAAUAAGCCGACUAGUCAGGGUGUGACAUCACUUUCCUCGAAGGACCAAGGGAGAACGAAGAUUUUCGAUUCCAUCACGAAUACGAAUACAAAUAGUGAAGGUGUCAUCGCAUCGAAGCUCGCGGCGCUUCCUAGCACCCCGGGAAAGAUAUUUAGUAGGCCGUUGGUUGUUCCUCCUGGAUCAGGGAUACCGAGUCCUGUGCGUUCGGGCAGUAUGACAACUACGACGACGGGUAGAGCAGUAUCAGGGCCAACCAGACAAAAGUCGUUGAUGGGACGCAAACCCCGUAUUUCGCGGUCCAAAGUGAUAGCACGGCUUGCUUCUCAGCGAGUUGCAUCAUCUAGCUCUGGUUCUUCCGUUAGUCCGACGUCGGGCACUGCCAACCCAGGCCAGUCUGCCACUACCACCGGUUCUGUCGCGAGAUCCAGUCUUGGUCCUCGAAUCGGUGGGGCGGGGCCAAGGAAGAGUGUUGGUGUCAGGCGGAGUCAUGUUGGUGCUGGAGGUGGGAUUGGAAGGAGGGAGGCGAGGGAGAGUGCAGUGAUGAUGAGUGCAAAGAAGAGGGUGAGACAGAGUGAGUAUGCUAGGAGGAGGAGCCGCGUCAGUACGGCUGGUCAAAGGAUGGAGGUGGAUACGUGAUUCUCGUUCCGUAAGUCAUCAAAUUAAUUUUUUUACUCUUUACUUUAUCAUUUACUUGACGGGCUGGCUGCCCUUAAACGUGUAUGUCGUUGAAUCAGCCUGGGUUUGUUCGUCUCUUUUAUUUUUUCCUCUUUGUUUUCUCUUACAACCUGUUCCCGAUCUCGGUCUUCGCCCUCUUUUCCCAGUUUCCCCGUAUUGGUCGUCGCAUCGCAGUACUCAAAUAUGCUAUCUAUGCAGUGUAUGUAUAAGGUUCUAAGUAAAUACCAAGUCAUAGCCCGAAUCCGAAUAACCGUGAAUGUACU